AUGAAAAUCGAUGUGCAGUCGCAAUUCUGGACAAUAGAGACCGAGGCGCCACGCCUGCAGAAAAUCAUUCAUCAGCUAUCGCCGCGACUCGCCCAGUUCAUCGCAAACUACCGUCAGAGAGCAUCUAGCAUACAUGAUGGCCGGAAGCGCUUCCGGCCGGCGAAAGUAGCGAUAAUCGACAACGGCAUCCUCAGCAUGGAUCCGCCAAGCGCGACGCGGGUAGCCAGCCCGACUCGCCCCGAAGCGCCCGCCGACGUACACGACCGCAGCGGCAAAAGCAACAGCAGCAGCAAGCAGCAUCUGCAGAGCCAAGAAACUCUCAUGGCCGACAAUUUGUGGGCACGGAUCUGCGCCGGCAAGUCAUUUGUGUACGAGCGCGACAGCUUGAGCCCGUGGUAUUUGGCGUCGAAUCCGCACGGCACGCAAAUGGCGAACCUAGUGUGCGCCAUCGACCCGCUGUGUCAGCUGUUUAUAGCCAAGAUUGCCGACAGCCACUACGGCUACUAA